AUGUCGAUUCACAUCCCCGACGUGACCGAGCAGGCCGACUACCUCGAGCUCUCCGCCGCACACCGCGAGACGCUCGACAAGGCGCUCAAGCAGUUCCAGACCGAGAACGACCCGGCCUCGAACUGGGAAGACGCCGGCGAGAAGGAAGGCGUCAAGCUCUACCGCAAGACGAACCCGGAGAACGCCUACGACGUCCCCACGGUCAAGGGCGAGACCAUCGUCGAGAAUGCCACGCCCUUCCAGGUCUUCUCCGUCGUCCAGAUCCCCGGCUUCAGGAAGAGGUGGGACGGCCGCUUCGACUUCGGAGAGUCGCUGGAGCGUUACGGACCGCAGAGCUUUAUGUUCUAUAGCGUCAUGAAGUCGCCGUCGUACUUUGUGUGGGCGCGCGACAUUGUCGGCCUCCAGGAGAACCUCAUCAACAACGACGGCGACGAGAUCAUUAUUGUCCAGACCUCGACCUCGGCCGACCAGUACGUCAGCGAGGACGCCUCGUACUCCAAGAGCCGGACCCGCGCCACGCUCGAGGUGAGCGCGUGGAAGCUCACGAAGGAGGGCAGCAACACCAAGGUCGAGUACGUCGUCAAGGUACACCUGAACGGCUCGAUCCCGACCUCGGUCGUCUCGAUGAUCGCCACCGAGACGCCCAUGUGCGUCGGCAGUGUCCGCGACACCUUCUACACCUACGGCCACGCCCCCCACGAGAUCCUCGCCUCUGGCCAGCAGCGGAACAAGACGUCGAUGCUCCACGCCAAGUACGAGGACGGUGACGGCACCGACGCGACCAGCGGCGCCAAGAAGUGGACCGGCUACUACAUUGGCGAGGGCUCGGACAGCUUCCAGAUCAAGUACGACAACAAGCGCCUCUACGCUUCGGGAGUCAAUGUGUCGAUCGAGGGCCCCGACAGCUCGGUCGCCAAGGCAUCGGACGAUGCCGAGGCCGGCCUCAUCACCAUCGAGGUCACCGAAGAAUCCAAGGGCAAGAGGUUCGAGAUCGUCCUCACGCCCAAGUAG